CUUUCAGCCGAAUUCGCGAAUUGAACGAAAGGAAAAAACCGCUACAGAAAGAGAAACAACCACCACUUCCUUCUUCACAAAUCUCACUCUCUUUCACAUCUCUUUUUAGGGUUUCGAUUUGAUCGAUUUCUCCACAACAAAAAUUUACACCAAAUGGAGCAUCAACAACAGUUGGAGCAUAAUCGUUGAUUGGAUAGUGCGAAACGGAAAAAGAAGGCUUAAAAAUGGCGGAAGACGGAUCGGACAGGGGGAGUACAAGUAAGGGAAACGGAGGGUUAAGUUCCAUGGAUUCAAUGGAAUCUCAUCGAUGGGUGUUUCAAGACGAAGAGAAUUCAGAGAUCGAUUACGAGGACAAUGGUGAUGAUGACGGGGAUGAUUUUACGUUGCAAAAUGACAUGGAUUCGGAGGAUGAAGAUAGUUUAUACCAGAAGUUGAUUCGGACUGGGCCAAGGAUUGAUUCGUUUGGCGUCGAAGCCCUUGAGGUCCCUGGCGCUCACAGGAGUGAAUACGAGGAUGCUAGUCUUGGAAAGAGUAUUUUCCUGGUUUUUCAGACACUUGGUGUUGUUUUUGGGGAUGUUGGAACAAGUCCACUCUAUACCUUUAGUGUGAUGUUCAGCAGAGCUCCAAUAGAAACAAAUGCAGAUAUCAUUGGGGCUCUAUCUCUUGUUUUAUAUACAUUGAUUUUGAUCCCACUCAUCAAGUACAUUCUCAUUGUUCUUCUGGCAAACGAUGAUGGUGAAGGUGGGACAUUUGCUUUAUAUUCACUUAUAUGUAGACAUGCUAAGAUCAGUCUUCUACCAAAUCAGCUUACUUCUGAUACCCGUAUAUCAAGCUUCAGAUUGAAGGUGCCAUCUGCAGAACUUGAAAGGUCAUUGAAAAUAAAAGAGCAUCUUGAGAAUUCAUUGACAAUGAAAAAGCUUGUUUUAGUGUUGGUCCUUGCUGGCACCUCCAUGGUCAUUGCUGAUGGGGUUGUUACACCUGCAAUGUCAGUAAUAUCUGCUGUUCGUGGUUUAAAAGUUGCAUUUCCUGCAGUUGAGCAAGAUCAUGUGGUGAUGAUUUCGGUUGCGUAUCUUAUUAUCUUGUUCAGUGUACAAAAAUAUGGAACAAGUAAAGUUGGGCUUGUUAUUGGGCCUGCUUUAUUUAUAUGGUUCUGCUCUCUUGGUGGCAUUGGUAUCUACAAUCUUGUGAAACAUGAUAGCAGUGUUGUCAAGGCAUUUAAUCCCAUUCACAUCUAUUAUUAUUUCAAAAGGAACCCAACUAAAGCUUGGUACUCUUUGGGUGGAUGCCUUCUUUGUGCAACUGGUUCAGAAGCGAUGUUUGCAGAUCUUUGUUAUUUUCCAGUGAGAACAAUACAAAUCACUUUUGUAUUUCUUGUACUUCCAUGCCUUAUGUUGGGUUACAUGGGUCAAGCUGCAUAUCUCAUGGAUAAUUAUGGGGACCCACAGCAGGCUUUCUUUUCUUCAAUUCCUGAUGGAGGUUUUUGGGCUGUGUUUCUGAUUGCUAAUUUUGCUGCAUUGAUUGCAAGUAGAACAAUGACAACAGCAACUUUCUCUUGUAUCAAACAAUCAUCAGCCAUUGGUUGCUUUCCCAGGCUUAAAAUCGUUCAUACUUCUCGCAAGUUUAUGGGUCAGAUUUAUAUCCCUGUUAUCAACUGGUUUCUCAUGGCCUCUGCUGUACUUCUUGUCUGCUGUAUUGCAAGCACCAAUGAGAUCGGGAAUGCAUACGGUAUUGCGGAGAUUGGAGUGAUGAUGAUGACUACCUUCUUAGUAACCCUAGUAAUGCUCCUGAUAUGGCAGAUCAACAUAACCACUGUCAUCAUAUUCUCCUUCUUCUUCCUCGGAAUGGAAUUGCUAUUCCUUUCCUCCGUCCUGAGCGGAAUCGGGGACGGAAGCUGGAUCAUUCUGCUGUUCUCCAUAGUUGUGUUCCUCAUCAUGUGCAUCUGGAACUACGGGAGCAAGCUCAAAUACGAAACAGAGAAUGAGAGGUUUCUGUUUCGAAGAGUUUGCUCUAAAGGCUACCAUAUCUUUCGCUGUAUUGCCAGGUAUGGAUACAAAGACGUACGAAAAGAAAACCACCAAAUCUUCGAGCAGCUUUUAAUUGAAAGCUUAGAAAAGUUCAUAAGGCGUGAAGCCCAAGAAAGACAGUUGGAAAGCGAUGGGGACGAUGAUGAUUCCGAUUUUGAAAAUGACCCGUCGAGGGUACUUGUGGGCCCCAACGGUAGUGUCUAUUUCGGUGUCCCGGAGGGCAGAAACGUAAUUAACCAGUACCACCCCCAACCACCACCGAUGGAAGCAACGACUUCGGAGGCAAGUGGGCACACGGAUCCGGAACUAAGUUUAGAGAAUGAGUUGGCGUUUUUGCAUAAGGCUAAGGAGUCUGGGGUGGUUUACCUUAUGGGACAUGGGGACAUAAGGGCAAAAAAGGAAUCUUGGUUUAUUAAGAAGUUGGUUAUUAAUUAUUUUUAUGCGUUUAUGAGGAAGAAUUGCAGGAGGGGUAUCGCGACUUUGAGUGUGCCGCAUACGCACUUGAUUCAGGUCGCCAUGACUUAUAUGGUUUGACUUGUUGACUUUGGGUAUUUUCGUCAGAAAAUAAGUUGCUGCUUCACUUGUUAUUAUUUAUUAUUAUUAUUAGUGUUUGUUUGGCACGCUUGUUUGUGCCGAUUUUGAUCUUUUGGGGAGUUGUAGUUAUUUUUAUUAUUGAUGGGCAUAUACACAUGAAUCAUGAAUGAUGAAUAUAGUGUC